ACGACAAGCGAAAUGACACCGCGUGUGGAGAUACUGUUUGACAAUCUGGCUGUGUACAUGGUGUGGAAAGUGAGUGAAGAGACCCUGCUCCGGGGUGCUGCCUCUCAACAGCAGCAUCAGCAGCGACAGUUCACCAACGCGUACGACCAACGCACGCUGCAUCAACCGCUUAAUGCCCUAUUUCGGAUUGAGUACGCUAUUCAGACCAGUCAGCCGACCGUCAACCCAGCUCUGGUGGGAUUGGUGGAGCCUGACCCUCCCACUUGGACGGACCCUCAGCUUGUCGAUGAUGCGCCACUCUACGUGAUACAGCAUCAGUAUCCUUUCUAUCUCACUGGCAUUCUCGCCGACAGUUACGCUCUUCUGCGCUGGCCACAGGCCUGUGCGAAUCACUUGACUGCACUUUCGACCCACUGA